AUGAUUGAAACUUCUCGCACGUACUCUUCGUCGGGCCACGAGAUGCCAAUGCCUGAACACAUGUGCAAAAUGAACAUGCUGUUAUCCACGGAAUUUGAGGAUAUCUGUGUCUUGUCUUCCAGAUGGCAUAUUUAUGGACUUCGAGAUCUACUUUUAAGCUGUGCCAUCAUAGUUGUUUUUGGUAUAGGCUACGAAUUCUACAAAAGCUUCUAUUCAACCUGGUCCACCAGAAUUUUAUCUCUGAACAGGCCGCUAAUCAAUUCAGAUUUGCAACAGUUUCGAGUUAAGGCUUCCAUUUUGUAUGGGAUACAAAUAUUCUGGUCUUUGGUCAUAAUGCUCAUAUUUAUGACUUUUAACUUAUGGCUCAUGCUCAGUGUGGUUAUGGGGGCUGUUGUGGGAUUCUACCUGACAGGUAGCAACAACAUUUCGGGGUUGGCUUGCCACUAA